AUGACACGGAGAAUAUGUUCCAGUUAUAUGGGCCAUAUUUGGGUCAUGAGGGAAAGUUUGACCAGAGAAAAACACAUGAUGGUUUUACAUUAUGAGCCAGCGUUUUCCCUCCUUUUAUGGAACCAGUGGACUGCAAAACACUGAUUUUGAUCAUUGUGAUAUGACCGUCAUGUUUAUAGAUAUAAUGUUCAGUAUGGCUUGGUGACUAUAAAGUGGAAGUCAACCAUUUAUGAUUUCCAGGGGGAAUCUAAAUGUUUCUACAAUGUAUCAUAGGAGUGACCGCCCCCUUGGAGGAGCAAGAUAGAAACCAAUUCAUAUAACAGUCAUGCAAAGAGCACCCUUUGGAGGAGAAGAUAGAAACCAAAAACCCUAACCUGCAUGUGAGACACGAAGAACAAUUGUGAACUUCGUAGACGCUACGUUGAUUUAUUUUUUUGCAAUGAUACCUGUGAUGUAGUUUGUUAAAAUUCGUCAUGCACUCCUUUUUCUCUUUAUAGUAUUGUUAAUACCUUCAGAUUUGGAGUCGAAGGUAGGUAUACAAUCUGUUUUUUAUCAUAUUCGAUGCCUAAUUUUUUUUCAUUAUUCAUCACAUUUUGUGCUCAUAUUUGGAUUUCGUUUCUCAGUGCUUUCUGCAACCAUGCUGAUGUUGAAGCAUUUACAGAAGAGAAGAAAAAAUCCCUUCUUGUAAAACGGCAGGGUAAAGGUGCUGAUUUUGUACGUGCUGUAGAUGAGAUCAGUGAGAAAUUUGAAAGAUUAACGAAGCAUAUGAUCAAUGAUGUGUUGUGUUCUGGGGAUGAAGGUGUUGAGUCACAUGCUGAGAAUGUAGAAGGUUUGGGUGUAAACUCCUGGAUGAAAGACCUUAAAAAAGAGUCUUUGGUUUCUUCUAAUGGUCCAUCAGAAACCAUCUGUUCUCUGCGAAUCGAUGAUUCACAUGGCUCAGAGGAAGUUCCCAUGGCUCUGACGAAAGAUGAUACUGCUCAAAAUAAAGACAUAACAUGUGGACAGCAAAAUGAUCAGAUAUCUAUAGUUGAUCAUCUCAGGAAUGCUACUUUAACUUCUAAUGCUUCGCUUAGGAGGAGAUCUAGAGACACAUCACAUUCAAGUGACAUCCAGAAAAGAGCUCUAUCUCACCAGAGGUCGAGAAGCAAAGCUGGGAUCAAUACAUACAAAUUUCAGAAGUCUGAAACACAAGUUGAAGUUGAAUACAACAGUAGUUAUUCUGUGUCUGAUGAGUCGACAGACGAUUUUUCAUUAAAUGAUAAUAUUGUGAAGAAGUCUCCGGAUGUGCAUGAUACAUCUUCAGAAGUUUCAACUUUAGUAGGAAACAAUGGUAAUGAUGAUAUUGAGUUUGGACCUACAGUUGUGGAAUCAGGGACGUAUUCAUCAAAUGAACUAUGCAUAGUGGAAUCAAAUCGCAAAGCUGAGUCCAAGAUAGAUAACUUGGAGAAAGGUCUUGAAUUGAAUGGAGGAUUCGAUACUGAAAGAACAAUUAUUGUCCUUAAGAAGAAAAGGAAACCAAAUAAAAAGCGGUUUGAUCAAGAGGCGGCAAUAUCUACCAAGCAGGAGGAAGCGGCAUUUGUGCAUUCUGAACGAAAUACAUGCCCAGUUUCAUUUGAUUGUUGUCAUAGUCUAAAUGAGAGACGUUUACAGACAGAUGGUGACGAACACCUUCCAUUAGUGAAAAGAGCCAGAGUCCGGAUGGGUAAUGUGUCUGAAGAGCAAAAGUCGGAUGAGUUGGUUGGCAUAGUUGUAAAGUCUGAAAAGGAUAUGGCUUCAUUUGAUCAUAACUUGUCCUCGAGCUCAGAUGGCAGUUGUGCGACUAAUGAAACGUCAAGAAAGGAUGGUUCAUUGCCCACAGAUGAUCAAAUGCAGGCUACGGAACACGUUAGCAUCCAUUGGAAAGAAAACAAAUACCCAUCGAGGGGGAAUACAAUGGAUGUGGAAGCUGCUUUGCCUCCUUCUAAAAGGCUUCAUCGUGCUCUAGAAGCGAUGUCUGCAAAUGCAGCAGAAGCAAAUAAUGGUUGUUUGGAAGCUUCAACUUUAAUUUCUGUAUCUUCUAGUGGCAGUGCUCAAUUUUGUAAUGUGGGUACCCAUCAUAUUUUAUUUGAUGUGAACUCUGAUGGCCGAAGAAAAUUGCAUGGCACACUGUUGCCAGAUGUGAAGGAAAUGCCCAAUAGAGUGUCUGGGUAUUCUUCAAGCGCUUUCCAAGUUGUAAAUGGAUCUCCUAGAUCCUCUGCAGAUGAGAAAUGUGGCGCCAUGUCUCUUGAAAAUUCCAUGACUCAACCCAUGGAUUGCGAAGUAAAGCCUAAAGAUUUCAAUUUCCCUGAAGAGCUGUCUGAUAAAACCGUAAUAACUGAGCUGCAUGAUAAGAGUCCUCACCCUUGUUUUGUUGAGAGUGGAGACAAGGUUAGUGCUGCAUCUGGUCAUGAUGCCUUGCGUCCUUUGUCUUCUUUAGUCAGAGGAGAAAGCACCAAUGUGCAACUGCAACUAUGCAAGGAGUCACCUGUUGAUUCUGGGGGGGCACAAUUUGAGCCUCAAAGUGGAACUGCCACAACAGUUUCCAACCAUGUGGACAAUGUUUCAGUGGAUGACAGUGUUGACAAAUCCUUAACUUCAAAUUGUGCUGCAGUCUUUGUUUCAGCUGUAGAUGGGGGUAUGAAGCCUCCAAGUUCUUUUUCUGAUGAAAAAGAUGGAGGUGAUAUGUAAGAUUCUUGCCUUCCACCAGAAUGUUUUUAUCAUUUUUUAUUUAAUGAUUAAGCAUCUUUUCAAUAUCAAUUCUGGCAUUAUUAUGUACCUCUAAAACUCCAAAUUUAUUGCAAACAAUGAUAUUGUAGACAGGAGCUGACGGUGGGAGUCAAACAUAUGCUAACUCCCAAGGAACCACGCGUCUCACCUGAUUCUACUUCAAUGAAGAAUCUGAUUGCUGCUGCCCCGGCAAAGCGACCUCAUUCUCAAUAUGGUUAUCUGCCUGAGAGUAAAUAUUUUAAACCUGUUCCGGAUGGUUCGUCACGGCCAACUACGAUUUAUUAUGAAAAUUCUUCCCACAAAUUAUCGCCCAUUAAGUCAACGGUCAAUCAUACAAGGAUUUUUCUUGAGGAAACUGCUUGCAGUUUGCAUUCAGGUGGCAUAAGUCCUGAUCCCAAUCAUCAAUGCAAUAAACCAGUCCAUUUGAUAGAAAUUAAUACAGUGCACUCUGAUUGUGCACCCAAUCAAAACGAGAAAACUCUGAACAAAUCAAUGACGCAUGCUGAAGCUAGUGCAGCACGAAAAUCUUUUGAGAGUUUGGUGUCUACAUUGUCAAGAACAAAAGAGAGCAUUGGCCGAGCUACUCGUGUGGCUAUUGACUGUGUGAAGUAUGGCAUUGCCGGUGAGGUAAUGGUUUUUUGUAUUUUGUCUGAUUUAGAUAUUCCCUUUUUCUAUACUAUGUCAAAAUCUAGUUGUUUAUGAUUUAACAUUUUGCACUCUACUCUUCCUUGAUGUUAUGUCCUGCAAGCAAGCAAAGUCUGGUCAAACAUUUGAUUUCUCAAUUCGGUGUCUUGGAAAUGCAUUACAUUUUCACAAACAUCAGACAAUAUCAGGACUAUUAGAUAGGAAUUCUGAUAGAGAAGAAAAAAGUACAUAAUUUUUUCCUUUGCUUAGUCUUUGUUUAUUGAAAUGGUUGAGAUUGUCUGUAACUUCAUUCACCAAAUGUAAUGCAAAAAUUAAUGUUCAUAUGAUGAUGAUGAAUAUACUAUAUGAAUCUAAGAAUAAUUCAAUUAUUUAAAUUAUAUAACUUUCAGGAAAAUUCAAAGAAGAUGCUAUAAAUAUACAUCAUUUUAUCGAGUGGUAGAUGGUUCUUCAGCGCUCAUUUUAGUCAGGGCAAUUAUGAAGAUAUCUUUGUGCUAGUUCCACCAUCAUACUCCCGCUGAGUUUUCUUGAAUGAAUGAUAGUACUGCUGGCAAUUAUGAAUGGAUUAUGGGGAUUGUUUAUUACCCUCUGUUGCUUUAUAUUGUCGUUUUUUUAUGGGGUUUUCUGACGUCAUUGUGGUGGCUUUUGGCGUAACUGCUCCAAAGACGGCCAGAUAAGUGUGAUUCAAACUCUUUCAUUGGUCAAAUAACUGACUGUCCUAAUUUGGAUACAGUUAUACAUAGGAUAACAAUUUUUAGGACCAACCCGAUCUGAAUAUGCCUGAUUUAAUCUCAGUUAAAAUUACUCUUGAGCCAACAUGCACAUGCUUGAUCAAAUUGAGUAGGAUCCAGGCGAUUAUAGAACAUCUGCCCCAAAAAAACAGUUUAGGCUUUUUCUUGACUCAUUAAUGAGUAAGAUCUCAUUAAUGUCUUAUUCUGAUAUUUUUCAUUGAUAAGAGUUGAGAGAGAGAGGGCCCAUAGAAAGUAUAAUGCUUUCCCCUUAUGAUUUUCUGAAGAAAGUAAUGCAGACUAUUCUUGAGCCAACAUGCACAGCCUAGGUCAAAUUGAGUAGGAUCUAUGAGAUUAUAGAACCUCUGUCCGAAAAAAAAAACAGUGUAGGCUUUUUCUCGACUCAUUAAUGAGUACGAUCUCAUUAAUGUUUUAUUUUUAACUUUGUCAAUCAUAAGAGUUGAGUGGGAGACGGUCUGUAGAAAGUAUAAUGCUUUCCCGUCUUAGCAUGACCUUAGAUAUUUAGUCAAUGACCUGUUUUCAUCGUAAGAAUGCUUAAUGAAAUAUAAUAAUUCAGACAGGCUUCGUUUCAUUUUGAAUUCAGUCAUGGAAUCCAUCUCUAGAAAUAUCAGUAAUUUUUUUUAUUUUGACACGAAUGGUAAGAGAAUAAUGAAUUGACUUAAAACUGUUGAAGUUUUCUGAGAGGAUUCUCCAUGGGCUUUGACGCCUAGGAAAAACAAUGAAAACACAGGUAAGCUUUUACACUUUUCUAUUGUGCUAAAUAGAUAACUUUGGCAGGUCAGAUAUUUUUUUGGCAUUUUUUGUUCAUCCGUAAAAAAGGUCCCUUCGUUGUUAGCAUCAUCCUUGAAUGGAGUACGUGAAAGAGUCUGUAGUUAAUGAAUAUCUGCUUGCUAAAGUCCCAUGUUCCUCAACAGAAGGUUUUCAAGUUUUCAAUGCUUUUACUUAGAUACAUCCAGAAGUUGUCAUAUCCAGAUCUAAAAAGAGAGGAUCUGGAUUCUUGGACAAAUGGGACGACUUAAAAAAUACCACUUUCCACUAAGAAUGUUAUUAUAGUUUCUUGUAGUACAUACGUGAUUGUCUCUUGAUGCUGUGUCCUAUUCUCUGCUUUUAUGAGUCAUGUCUGGGAUCUGUUGUUGAAUGAGGUAAGCUCUCUACCUUUUGUUCUAAGUCGUCUGCCUUCAACAGAGAAAUAGGAAUGUUUUUCUUCAUCUCUUUGUAUAUUUAGUCUGUUUAAGAGACUAACAAGUAUGCUGCUAAACAUUCUCUCUUUUUUUUUAAUAAAGUUGAAAAUUUCACAUUUUCUUAAUUAUGAGUAUGAAUUUUAGUUAUUACUUCCUGAAUGGAAUUUUCAUUUAUGGUUAUUGUUAGAAGAUUUGGAAUUCAACUGGAAGAGCCCCUUCGUUGUGUCUAUAACCUCUUACUUGUCAGAGCUUGGUUUAUUUAUGGGUUAUUUCCUGCCUAAAAAUUUCGUGGCCUUUGAAAGCCAAUCUCUUCGAGACCUGAAAAAGGCCUAACUGAUUUUUUAUACCUUUCUAUUUGUACUGACAUAUUCGUACAUGAAAUAGGAGAACGUACUUGAGAAAUACAUUUUUUGACACCAUAGCUCUCUCCUCAUGCACUAACUGCAUAAAGUAGCAUUUAGAUACAAUUUCCAUUCUGACAUUGACUUUUAGACCCGGCAUGUGAUUUGUUUCCCUAAUUGAGAUGUUCUUAAUCUUUCGUCAGAUUUUAUUGUGUAUUAUCUAUAUUUUAUAUAGUUCUUUUAAUUUUAUAGAAAGAUGCUAUCAUGUUCUUGCCUCAUUCAGUAACAAAGUUUUCAGUAUCUAUCUGGGGAACCGUUCAGAGCAAUUGAGUUGUGGAAUUCGUCUCAGGAAAUGAGGUCCUGAGUUCAAUGGAUACUUUUUAUUUUUUUAGGAGCCUGGGGGCGGGUGAGGGGAGUGGCCUUGGGAGAAUUCACUGGAGAAUAUUUCCUUUUCUAUUUCAGAAACGUAGCAUUUCAAUCUCCAGAAUGUUUUUACAUAAUUCUUCUAUUUCCCAUCAUCUUGUCAUGUGAAAAUGGGUGUGUCAAAAUCACAGCACUUUUGCAUCCGACAGAGAGAGGAUCUUGAUAGGAAUUAUUUGAAUGUCUAUGCGGAACAAGUUUACUAAUCAAACUAGUCUUAAUUUUCGUAGUUCUGAACGUAAUAUGCCUGCCAUUAGAACUAUAUAAAUGCAUUAGAAUUUUUAGUUUAUAUAUUUACUGAAGGACAAAGAAUAUUUCAAUCUCUCUCUCUCUCUCAACACACAAUGGAUUAUCUGCCAGUCUGCCAGUUUGUCUAUAUAUCUGUGGUUACUUUUUUAGCUGUGAUGUCUAUGAAAAUGCCAAUGACAUUAUCAAUUGUGUUGAUAUGUAAUCAACUAGCAUCUGCUGUUUUGCUUGUGUAGGUAGUUCAGAUACUUCUUCAAAACCUGGAAAGGACAGUGAACUUGAGCAGAAAACUGGACCUAUUCUUUCUUGUUGAUUCUAUUACCCAAUGCUCUCGGGUUCAGAAAGGUUAUAUGCAGUUUACUUUGAUGGCCCAUCAUGCAAUACGUAUUAUCUUGCUUUGAUAAUUUCUGAAGGAUAUUCAUGUCUGCAGGUGCUGCUGGAGAUUCCUAUCCUUCUCUAUUUCAGUCGGUGCUCCCCCGUUUGUUGUUCGCAGCUGCUCCCCCUGGAAAUACUGCUUGUGAUAAUCGUAGACAAUGUCUCAAGGUAAAUUAGUUGAUCCCUGUGGAUGGUUUUUAAUUUAUUUAUUUUUCACUUUAUUGUAAGAUUCUAGUGUCAUUUCAAUAGGUUUUGAGGUUGUGGCAUGAACGGAAAAUCCUGCCAGAAUCUAUUGUGAGGCAUCAUAUCCGAGAACUUGAGUCUACUAGUGGGGCAUCAUUCUCAAGUGUCUCUUCACGUUUUCCUCCAAGAGCUGAAAGAGCACUGAAUGAUCCUAUCAGAGAGAUGGAAGGCAUGCUCGUUGAUGAGUAUGGCAGGUUGGUUACUUUUUCGACCUCAUCUUGUGAGAUAAGGUAUUUUUCUGUAAGUUUAACUAACAGGUCGAUUAUCUGGUGCCAGCAAUGCUAGUUUUCAGAUUCCUGUUCUUGUUGGCUCUCACUUGAUGGAUGAGGAAGAGGAAGGAAGUGCAGAUGAUGAAAAGAGCUUUGAGACAGUUACCCCAGAACAUGAUACCGAGACUUGCAAAGAGGUAGAGGCAAGUUUAAAUUCUUUUCCUGAUAAGCAUACGCGCAUCUUGGAGGAUGUUGAUGGUGAGCUUGAGAUGGAGGAUGUAUCCCCACAAUGCGAAGGUGGAAUCAGCUCGACAUAUGAAACCAGAAGAGCUCCCACUGGGCAUGCAACCCAUUACCAGCCAGAUAAGCAUGUUUCAUUAGGCUUUGCUCCCCCUUUGCCAGCAGAUAAUCCACCAUCUCCUCCUCCUCUGCCCUCUUCACCUCCACCCGUGGUGCCCCCCUGUCCUCCAAUGUUGCCUAUUGUUCCACCACCUUUGCCUGCAGCGCCCUGCAACCAUGGUGAUGGUUUGGAUUCACAUCGUUAUGCGGGUAGGAAUGUAAGUAGUACCUAACCUUGAAUAUCCCAUUUUAAAGCUUGUUGUCAAUGAUUUCAGCGUAUACCUUUAAUUAUUCUGAGCAACCUUGAUCAUAUUUUAAUUUUUGGCAGAGUAUGCAGUAUCCCUUGUCCAAUCAUAGGUCUUGUGGCUCAAGUAUGAACCUAAGGGCCUCAAAUAGAGGGGACUGUUAUGCUCCUGGUUGUAUAGAUUAUCCAAAGCAGAUGCAGCUGUCAUCUUCCUCUUGCAAUUAUCAGAGUUCAUAUGGGUAUCAUAGUGGUUCUCAUUCGUCUGUUGGCAGUGCAAAUGAUGCCCCUCCAAUAAGAAAUGGCCCCCUGCCUAAUAAAGGCUACCAUAUGCAACCACCACCUCCAAGCAUCUCAAACCAAUUCUCCCAUGACCACACUGAAAAGGACCGUGCUCAGACCUGGAGGGAUCACUCCUCUCCAUUCGAUAGGAGAGUUCAGUAUGCAAAUGAAGCCCAAGGAGGUCACUUCUACGGUGAUGGAUGUGCGAGGAGACCUGUUCAAAGUGAAGUGUCGGACAGGUGUAGAUUCUCUUCAGCUGCUCGUUCAGGUAUGAUAGUUUUUUCUACUAGUUUCUUUCUCACGGUCCUGUGAUGUGGGUCUUCUGAGUCGUAGGGUCAUAACGUCUUAACAUGGUACAGAUAUUUUUUUUUUUACUGUCAUGGAGCUUGGUCUUAACUUUCUUCAUUCCCGUCCAGGACCCAUGCUCCCAGAGAAGGCUGAAGGAUCCCCUAACUUACUAGCUUACCAUGGUCCACCAGCAGAAGUUUCAUCCGUCUCAAGUGGCUGGUCUAACCCACCAAGGGCAUCAAGUUAUCGGUACUCAAUAGCUGCAGCAAGACCACCAGUGGAAAAUAAGAUUUCUAGGGUGGCUGGAGGUACUUUGUGUAGCUAGUGUUGGUCUUUUCAUGAAUCGUACAUUGUUGUUUCUUUUUGAGUCUUCUGUAACUCUUCAGCACCUGAAUCUACGUAGUGCAUUAUCAGUGAUGUAAGAUGGAUUUCCCUAAUCAGCUGUUCUUUCAUAGGUGUCUUUCUUGUUUGGUACUUCAAUUUUUUAUUUUCUUAAUCCAUAUUUGUUUUCUAAUUGUGAUUGAAUUUUGUUUUCUUUUUCUUCUCAGCACCUGGUUACUGGAGACCAAGAUAACCGAGAUUCCUUGGAAAGUAUGUUCUUUCCUGUCUUGUACAUAAUGUUCAUUUGCUUCGACACAUUAUGGCCUUUUUAAUAUUGGUACACUCUUUUGCAGGAUUCGUUUUUGACAUGAUUCUAUGGCUGCUCAGAUAUUCAAAUCUUUUUUUCUGGGUAGUCAGUGCCUUCACUGGUGACAGUGAUUCUGAGAAGUGCGAUUUCUUGUUGAACCUGUGGGAACGUUAUCUGCUAUUGUACAUAAGUAUUUUAAUGUCGUUUUGGGAAAGCAGAAGAGAAAGGCAGUCCUCAUAGGAAGAGCUGUAUCAUAGCCCAAGGUUAUGCCCUGUAUGAGUUACUCACAUAUCUGCAAACUUUUUGUGAGUCUUUUUGAUUGGUUGAGGACUAUUAAGGGGGUAUUUUCUGUUCUGAACUGCCUAGUAUAUUCUUUUAACUUUCUGGAAUGACUAUAGUUUACCUGCACCACUCUGUAAAAAACAUUAUUUUUACUGUUGGGUUGAUCUCAUCACUUGGGAUGCUUCCCACUAUUCUCUGAUUUCCUUAAGUUUGAUUCCAUGGGAUGAUGAAUAUUGUUCUUCCAGUCAAAUGCUGUCAUAGUGCUAGCAAUAAACAUAUCAUAAGUUUGUGUUGUAAUAGCGGGAUGCAAUGCAUCUGUUAGCUGUCUGCUCAAAACAGUCAUUACAGAGUUUUUCUGGCAACCUAAGGGAUGAUUCUUGCAUCUCUCUCAGUAUGUUUCUUUUGAUCUCAUUAGGUUCUCAUGCUUUAACACUUCAUUCUACUUCGAGAUUCUACAAGAUACUGUGCCCAUUGUCAUCCUUUUCUAUUUCACGAUCUCGAAUGAUGCCUGGGCAGACAUUUUGGAUGCUUCAUAA